AUGGCAGUGAAAAUCAGUCUUGUUUUCUGCGGUCUGGUCUUGGCAGUUCAGACAUCCUUCGCCCAGUACCUCGCUGGUAACUCUGUGGUGGAGAACAAUGUUGUGGUCAACAGCGGAUCAUCCAACAGUCUCGGCUAUGCUGGCGGUCUCGGCCUGGGCAGCGCGGUCGGCAUAAACAACGGCAUUGGUCUUGGUGUCGGCAGCGGACUUGGCUUGGCCAGUGGAUUGGGCGUCGCUACCACCGGAUUGGGCUUGAACACCGGACUCGGCUUGGGUGCUGGACUCGGUCUCGGCAACAUCGGUGUGGCGAGCCCAGCUUUCCUCGACCUCAGCCUCCUGUCUGCCGGAGGAGUCUUGCCGAUCUCCAGCAUGGGCCCCGUCGUCCCAGCCGGCCUCAACGUGGUGUCAGACAACGCGAUCGAAGGCGCUCUGCUGAUCAGCGGUCAGCUGCCGUUCUUGAGCGCUGUGGCCUUCGAAGGAGCCCUAGCGUCUGGUGGUUCAGGAGCUGCCUCUUGCGGCUGCGGUAACGGCAACAUUGGCAUCAUCAGCGAGACCGGAUCUGCCUCCCUCCUGCCAGCUGCCGGUGGUCUUGGUCUUGGAAUUGGUGGUAUUGGCGGAAUUGGUGGUAUUGGCGGCAUUGGCGGUGUUGGCGCCAUCGGUGGAAUCGGAGGACUUGGUGGAUUCGGAGAAAGUUCCGUAGGGGACACCGCCGCACCCACAGUUACCAGAGAUAGAGACUGCGCCGGCAGCUGGCAGGCUACCGCUGAAACCCACAGCGCCAAGCACUGGCACGGCGCCAGUGACGAUGGUGGUGCCAGAGACUGGCAGCUCUCCAGCGACGGCGAGAGCGCCGUUACCCACACCGCCGUAGCCAGCGCCGACGCCGGCAAGACCGACCGAGCCAACGCCAAGUCCGCCAAUUCCGACAUUGCCAACUCCCAAACCGAGACCGGAGUUCAAGCCAAGACCAAGUCCAGAGUUGAUGCCAAGUCCAGAGUUGAUGCCAAGUCCAGAGUUGAUGCCAAGUCCCAAGUUGUUAAUGCCAGCUACUCCUAA